GGCCGGGGAAUGCGCGGGGCGCGGGUGCGGAGCGCUGCCUCGUGGGCGCUCCCCGGCCUGGCUGUCGCGCCGCCGCAGAGGAUCCCUGGCCGUCCCGGAAAUGCUCUCGGCCGGCGCCAACAUGGCUGCGGCCCUGCGGGCUGCGGGCGCGCUGCUCCGCGAGCCGCUGGUGCAUGGCGGCUCGAGGGUCUGUCAGCCAUGGAGGUGCCAGUCGGGUGCAGCGGCAGCCACCACAGAGAAAGCGCGUCAAGUCAAAACUGCAACACCUCAAGCUCAACCAGAAAGGAGGAAGCCCAAAACCGGCAUAUUAAUGUUAAACAUGGGGGGCCCCGAAACCCUCGGAGAAGUUCAAGACUUCCUUCAAAGACUCUUCUUGGACCGAGACCUCAUGACACUUCCCAUUCAAAAUAAGCUGGCGCCAUUCAUCGCCAAACGCCGAACCCCCAAAAUUCAAGAGCAGUAUCGCAGGAUCGGAGGUGGAUCCCCCAUCAAGAUGUGGACUUCCAAGCAGGGAGAAGGCAUGGUGAAGCUGCUGGAUGAGCUGUCACCUGACACAGCACCUCACAAAUACUAUAUUGGAUUUCGGUACGUCCAUCCUCUGACAGAAGAAGCAAUUGAAGAGAUGGAGAGAGAUGGCCUAGAAAGGGCCAUUGCUUUCACACAGUAUCCACAGUAUAGCUGCUCCACCACGGGCAGCAGCUUAAAUGCCAUUUACAGAUACUAUAACGAGGUGGGACGGAAGCCCACCAUGAAGUGGAGCACAAUUGACAGGUGGCCCACACAUCCCCUCCUCAUCCAGUGCUUUGCAGACCACAUUCUGAAAGAACUGGAUCAUUUUCCACGGGAGAAGAGAAGCGAGGUGGUCAUUCUGUUUUCUGCCCACUCCCUGCCAAUGUCUGUUGUCAACAGAGGGGACCCCUAUCCCCAAGAAGUAGGUGCCACUGUCCACAAAGUCAUGGAAGAGCUAGGUUACCCCAACCCCUACCGACUGGUUUGGCAGUCCAAGGUUGGCCCAGUACCCUGGCUGGGUCCUCAAACAGAUGAGGCCAUCAAAGGGCUUUGUGCGAGGGGGCGGAAGAAUAUCCUUUUGGUUCCAAUAGCAUUUACCAGUGACCACAUUGAGACACUGUAUGAACUGGAUAUUGAAUACUCCCAAGUAUUAGCGGAGAAGUGUGGAGCGGAAAACAUCAGAAGAGCGGAGUCUCUUAAUGGAAAUCCAUUGUUCUCUAAGGCCUUGGCUGACCUGGUACACUCACACAUCCGGUCAAACAAGCUGUGCUCCACGCAGUUGACUCUGAGCUGUCCCCUCUGUGUAAAUCCUGUCUGCAGGGAGACUAAGUCCUUCUUCAGCAGCCAGCAGCUGUGACCCUGCCUGAGGACCCGUGGGAUUUGCAGAUGCACAACCUCCAGACACCUCCAGUGGGGAUGGAAGCCACGUCAGCCUGUGCACAGCCUUUGGGCACAGACCAUGAUUUCUUUCUUGCCUUGUUUUAGUUUAGUUUAGUUUUUGCUUCCCCACGUAGUCCACGCUGGCCUCCCGCUCUCAUUCCCUGAAUGCUAGCUAGGAUCACAGACAGGCAAAGUUGUGUUUCUUGGGGAACAGACUCUAAAGUUCUUACUGAGGUUUCUGUUUUCAUACACACUUACCAUGAACACUCACAACCCUUUCUGGGGUCAGUUGACUCGAGUGGAGUGUCUACUGUGACAUUCCAGGAAUGAGCUAUAAGUUUUUAUCUUAUGAGACUCACACAGAUUCUGCACUUACUGCCCCAAACAGCCUCCUAAAAUAGUAUGGCGAGUCCCCUCUAUGUGCUACCCGUGGUGACUGAGAUGUCUACAGCCUCAUGGAUGUAGCUGAAGUGAAGAUAGUUAAUGUGUGAAACAGAAUUUGUUGAAGAAUUGGGCUGAGGGCGCAUAGCUUAGUGACUGCAUGCCUGCCUAGCAUGCAUGGGGCUCCCAGUUUGAUCCCCUGCACUGCAUGUAGAUACGAUGUUCCCUACUCUUUCCCCAAGUCCGCGAGUACCGGAAUGCUGGUGAGUUGGUGCGGUCACUAACAUGGCCUCUAUUGCCGGUGCACCUGCCAGUCAUUGCCACUGUGGUGUCUGUGGGAGAGUCUCGCUUUCCUCCCCUGAAACCGAAACAAGUGUGCAUUUCAAAGUGCUCUGAGAUUCCCCAGGCACGAAGCCUAAUAAACGUGUGGAAAUUCA